AUGCACUCGGUCUCAGAUCUGACCACUUUCUGCCGCAAGACAACGGGCAAUGUUCCACCUAAACUUGUCGGUGCGUCGACAACGGUCGUCGGCUCCAAGAUGUAUCUUUUUGGUGGCCGGCUGGUGACCGAGCGACGAAUGGUCUCUGACCUCUACGAGUUUGACCUUGAGACUCUGCAGUGGGAACUCCUCCCCAUUUCGCAGCCGGAUGAUGAUAUCCCAGGGGCCCGUUACUUUCACAGCGCAGACUCUUGGAAUCAGUACCUCAUCGUGUUCGGCGGUAUGGGAGUCAAACCCGAUGCUGCGAAUACUGACGACCUCUGCGUCCUCAACGACGUUCGCUUUUACGACCUCUCUUCACGCCGCUGGAUGCCGUGUUCAUGGUCCCAGAGCGCUCAAGACAUCGCCUCUCCUUUGCCCAAAGCUCGUUAUGCCCACCUAUCCUCCGUUACCGGCGACCGUCUCUUCGUCAUCGGCGGUCAAGACCUACAGAAUGUUUGGCUGGACGACGUGUUCGUUUAUGACCUCAAUCUGAAGACAUGGGUGCAGAAGCGUGACUACCCUAGGCAUUGUGGUACCUACCGCAGCGUUGCUGUCUCGGCCGACGUACGUGUUCGUCUACCUCAGGAGGAAAUGAAGCACGCCCAAACACCUACUCCUUCGAGAACCACAUUCCGUACGGGCGUUGAUUCCGGCCCUUCCUCGACUCCUACCCCGAGAGACGCGUUCAUCCACCUGCCGUACUCAGCACCGCCGACGGAGGAAUACCCCUCCGACAUCUAUCUGUACAGUAACUAUAAUUUCACCGACGUCAAGCGCGAGUUGGAGGUGUUUUCUCCACUACCCAAUGACUUCGCAAUCGACGAUCAGUCGACCUCGAUGACUGGCUCUUCAUUUCCUCCGGGCCUCCGUUUUCCGACAGGUGCUAUUCUUGGCACGCAUCUCAUCAUCGCCGGUACCUACCUUGCGCAUACCUACCAAUCAUUCUCCGUCUGGGCUUUAGACCUCGUCAACAGGACGUGGACCCGCAUCGACCCAGGCAGUACACUAAACUCAGGCUCAUGGUUCCGCAGCUGCCUUUGGGCGCAAGCUAACAAGUUCGUCAUAUUCGGUAAUCGAAAUGGGAACCUAGUCGAGGACUACAAUCGGCGGCUACUCAGCUGGGAGCAUGUGGCCGUCAUUGAUUUAGAGGCGUUCGGGAUAUACCAGCCGCCUCGGCCGGAGCUGGAUGUCAGAAUGCAGGAGAUGGGUUUAGCGGCGCUUGAGGAAGGAAUUCUAGCGGACUUUGAGAUCGUCUGCGACGACGACCGAAAGGUCAAGUGUUCGCGGAAGGUGCUGGAAGAUCGGUGGCCAUGGUUCAGGGAGCAGAGGAGGCUAUUCCUCCAGGCGGCCACACGGGCCCUCGAUACCCUUCCUCUGUCUUCCAGUCACGUCGGUAUGCCUGAAGUCGCGAGCGCCAACCAGCAAUUACCACGGCCAGACCCUAGAUUGUCGCCCCGGACGCUUCUUCUUUCAGAGCCAUAUCCCGUGACUCUAGCUUUGGUGCAGUACUUCUACUCGAUGGCACUGCUCACCCCGCUUCAACACGCGCCUGCUGUAUUGAGCGCCUUGUUAGUUCUAUCUACGAACUACGACUUGCCCCAUCUCCAGGCGUUGGUGAAGCAUGCGAUGCACAGAGCGUUGUCUAAUGCGACCUCUGUUGGUGUCUACGAAGUCGCCACACUCUGCAGCUGUCGCAGCUUACAGAUUCGGUGA